GAAUUUUUCAGGCUCGCAAGAAGAAAAGCACAAAUUAUGUCUGGAACAAACCAAACAAUGUUAGUCAUCAAGGAAUUUAUUCUUGUAGGUUUCCCAGGAUUUCAAGACCAAGAAAGCAGAAAAACACUCUUUACAAUUUUUCUCAUUACUUAUCUUUUCAUUUUGCUAGUAAAUCUCAUGCUAAUCAGCAUUUUUAUAGUGGACAGGAAUCUUCACACCCCAAUGUAUUUUUUAGUUUGUAGUCUUGCUGUUUUAGAUAUCGUGCUCUCAACAACCACAGUGCCAAGGAUGUUAGUGCUCUUCAUCGCAGAUUUAAGAUCGACUCCAUUUGCAGCCUGCUUUACUCAAGUCUAUUUAUUUUUAAGUCUGACCUCAGUUGAAUGUUUUCUUCUUGGCCUAAUGGCUUAUGACAGGUUCUUCGCAGUCAGCAAACCCUUACACUACCCCACCAUAAUGACCAACCGUCACAUUCUGAAACUGAUUAUCUGUUGUUGGCUGGGUGGAUUCCUGUGUCCAGCAACAGCAGUGGGCCUCGCCCUUAGGUUUCCAUUUUGUGGUCCUAAUAAGAUCACUCAGUGCUUCUGUGACUAUUCUUCUGUGUUAUUAUUGGCCUGUGGGGACAUCAUGGUUACUAGCUAUGUGGCAUUAGCCAUUGGCCUAUGUAUUUUAUUUAUUCCAUUGAUUUAUAUCAUCUUUUCCUAUGCAAAGAUCAUUAUGUCAGUACUGAAAAUUAGCUCAGCGGGACGUAUGAAGGCUUUUUCCACAUGUGGCACACAUCUACUGGUCAUUUCUUUAUACUUCUUUGUUAUUGCAGGAGUAUACAUUUCUUACCGAAUUCCUGGUACCUCUGUUGAUGUGCGGAUCAUGGCAUCCGUGCUGCAGAAUGUGUUGCCCCCUCUAAUGAACCCAAUAAUUUACUGUCUCAGGACAAAAGAAAUCAGAGAAAGUUUUGCGAGGAACCUUUGGAAAAUUAGAAACAUACUAACACAUUCCAUUACUUUACAAUAACUGUCAAAAUACUGUAAACAAAUUGUAGGCCUCAAGCAUUGUAGUA